GCUCUGGUUCUGGGGUCUGCCUCUGUCGGUGUCUAAGCGGUAAAGUGGUGGCAGCGCAGAUUGAACCGUAUUCGCCUCUCUCCCUCCAUCCUCGUCCUCCUCUUUCCUCUCCUCGCCAUCCUCGACAAUACUGCUCGCAAAUCACUCUGCGAAAUCAUCCAAAACUGUCGAUACCACCAACAGUUGUCAUCAUUUCAUCGAGAAGCAGUCCAUCAUGGACAAUACUGGAACGGACAGCGAUAACCACCAUUUGAACAGGUCCCCCUCACGCGCGGACAACAAUCAAGCUGCAGUUUCCGACGAAAAUAAUGCAAAUGCACAGAAUCCGAAGCAGAACGGCCAAGGUGGUUCCAGCCAUUCAAAGUACUCCAACGGGCCACAUAUUCGCUCUCGGAUCACCGUUGUGUGUGCAGAGUGCAAGCGCCUCAAGUUGAAAUGCGACAGGCGUACUCCUUGCAGCUCAUGCCUGAAGCGUGAUACUGUUCAGCGGUGUAUCUACUCACAAGCAGCUACCGAGAAGAUUGAUGUGCAGUCGUUGCAUAACCGCCUGCUUGUGGUAGAGGGUACAUUGUCUCAGUUAUCCUCUGCCGCCCCUUCGACUUCGAUCUCGAAUGCUUUCGCUAACAUGCCACCGUUCAAGUCCUCAUACCCGUCUCUUCCUACAUACGGGCAGCCUUUUGGAAGUUCAUCUUCAUUCACACAGGCAGUAUCAGGAUCAUUUAACAGCGCCGGGACAAGCCAUGCCUCAGGCUCUGGUGUGGCAUGCAACGAGCAUGCGUUACUUGCGCUUGGCUCUUCUGGAAGCGCAGUCGUCUUUAGUAUGGAAGACGUGUCAAGCAUUUGGCUUUCUGAACUAAAUCUUGCACCUGGUCAAGACCGUACCGAUGCGGGUAGAUCUACUCUGUCGUCCUUUAGCAUCGCUGGCGGUAGAUCAGGCAGUAGCAAGCCCGCUGUGAAGCUAGAACCUACCUCCAUGGUCUUGCCAUCUACACCGCCGAAUUCAGCUCUUCCAUCCGGCUAUAUGGCCUCUUCACCAUCAGGAUCGUCGUCUGUCCGAUUCUCACAGUCUCCCGCUUUCAUCCCACCGCUACCUUACAGCACUUUCAUUCCAACGUCGACCAGCUCGAAUCAACUGUCUCCCUCAUCAUACAGCAGCGCCACCUCUAAUCCUUACUCGUAUCCUUCCCGACCAUAUUCUACCUCACUGACUCUAGAAGUACCGCAAGUGACACCCGCUCUCCUGGCUCAUCUACCGUCUAACCCACUGACCCGAACUCGGUUGAUGAACGCCUUAUCGGACGUAAUGGCUCUCCAUCCCUGCUUCAACGUGCCACAUUUUAAACAUCGGAUAGAAGCCAUGAUAGCUUGGGGACAAUCACCCGACUCUUCCUCGAUGCAAGCUUUCGACCCAGGGUCGUCACAUGCUCAGAUGAACAAGAUCGAGCUUGCAAGGGAUCUCUUCCUCGGUGAUCCUGGGAAAAGGAGGGAUCAGCUCAGCUUUGCUGGCAGCAACGUUUCGCCGAAACCAACUUUGAGCUUCUUCUCAGCGACAGCUGCGGCGUUCGCUCUUGGCGCUUUGGUGUCUAGGGACAGCGCCGUUGGUAUUGAGAAUGGCGGCGCGGGCGAUUCCGCGCUUAGCCAUGCCGGCAUUGUCGUAUCGCCUGGUCAUGCUCAUAACCCCACUGGCAAGGAAGCGAUGUGCAAUCCCGCCGCUAUGUUCGCUCUAUCAGAUCAGGCGCUGGGGCUCUUUGAGAAGACGAACCCGUACGACGUUGAUUCCUUGGUUGCGAUGAUCCUGCAGGUGUUGUACCAGCUACACGAUGGCCAAUCCCGUGUGGCUCAGAAUGUCUUCCCCUUGGUGGGCAAGAUGAUCAACGUAGCUCGAAUGAUGGGUCUUCCUAAUGACCCCGAUGAGUUCCCCGGCACCUUUAGUUUAUUCGAAGCCGAGACGAGACGGAGGGUUUGGUGGGAUAUUUUCUAUCUCGACGUGUUUAUUUCAGAUGGUAUGGGUCAUCCGACUCUCAUCGCGGAUAAUACGUUUAGCACGAAACUGCCGGCGGAUGUGGACGAAGAGAAGUUUAGCCCAUCGUCCACGUCAUUGCCCUUGACGGGUCCCUCGGACGAGGAGUGUGAAAAUAGUUCGGCGUAUAUGGUGUUGAAAUGCAGGUUGGCCCAGCUGAUGAAGAGCGUCAAGAAGCAGAUGUCAAAAGAAUCUCACACAGACGAUAACUUUGACCUAUCCAAUGACCAGGCAGCCAGCGUCGAGUCGGACAUCACGAACUGGCUGUCCGAUCUUCCUAUGCGUUAUCGCCUCGACUUGGGAUCCGAGUCAUCUUCUUCGUCAUCAGCAACGCCACUACUCUUGAUUGCCCAGCGUUGCGAACUGGUUAUGGCCGCAAAUCGGAUGAUUCUCAAGCUGUACCUUCCAUUCUUGCGAGACGCCAAUGGUCAUAGUCCCAACAAACCUUCGCACCAGGCAGUUCUCGGGACGAUCAAUGCCGCGCAUAGUAUCAUCCAUGCUUCCCGUCAGCUUCAUUCGGCGUGUCAGGAGACCCGACCGGCGUUGUUCGAUUACUAUGACUUUGGCCGGGUCUUGUUCGAUGCGGCGGUCGUUUGUGCACAUGCGAUCAUCCAGCAGCCGACCAGCAUUCUCGCUACUGAAGCGAUGAAGAAUGUCGAUGGCGCGUUGCAGAUCAUGCGUGAAUGGGGAACCUACAAGUAUGCUGCGGACGGUGCCGUCGAGGGCUUAAAAGUCAUUGAAGUUAUGAAGCAAAAGGCUGAAAUCGCCAGAGGUGGAUCCUCCUCUGACGAUGGUAGCAACCCUGGAAUUAAACGCAAACGUAUGGACUUUGAGGACAAUACGUUCGAUGCUGGCUUCCAACUGCCGUUUGUCGGCGCUUCUGUCACUUCUGUGCGCACAGAUCAGGCUAAACCCAUGUUGAUCCCGUCGAGACCUACCCUUUCGCCAUCGAAGGAAAGCUCUAUGAAGACUUCGACCAAGUCCUCCAAGGACAAGGAGGAGAAGGGGUCUCGUUACCCGACUAUUGGUAUCCGAGUUCGACCAGGUCAGGGGAGGCCGACUAACCGUCAACGCACUGAGUCCAUCCCUCCAAUGUCGCCUGUUGAUAUGAUGAAUUCACAUACGGUCACGACUACCAUGGUGGAACCCCAGUUAGUCGCUCAUCAUGCUCAGCAAGCUCAAGCUCAAACUCAGUCCUCGCCGAUGAGUCUCUCUGAGCCUUCAAUGAGAGGACUUGGUUAUCCUUCCCCUCAUAAUACUCCGGAGACGCAUCCCGUGCAACAGGGCGGUUACUCUAGUGGAUUUGCUGGGCAUGAGGAGACUACGUUCGUUGAUCAACGUCGUUAUUCUGGGGGAAGUUCGUCACAUUCCACGGGCGCGUUCGAACAACAAACGACUGCGAACAGUCCCUAUUCUCCAACGAACCAUAGCCUUCCCUAUCAUCCAACAGCCAGUGCUGAGGGUUAUUACGUGACUUACCCUCCUCCCGUGGGACCUCCUCAACCUAUGUAUGACUCUUCUGGAGUUGGACACACUCAAGAUAUGUCGAUGUCUGACUAUAGCGGUCGUGGUCCGUCUGUGUCCAUGGAGCCAUCGCUCCCUAACACCCCCAACGAUCAGCCUUAUGGUAUCCCUCAUGAACAGCAACAUAUGAACCCUUCUUAUCCACAGUACAUGCAGAAAUCUGACCUCGCCCCUCCAACACAUAUCCAUCACGAGUAUCAACAAGCUGCCAAUCAUUCCAUGCAGGUCUCUGGUACGCCCAUUCAUGGUUGGGUUCAUGCGAAUCCGAAUACUACGGAGAUGUGGACCCAUCCAUCAUCAAAGUAUGCUAUCAACGGGAUUGGGAGCGGCUAGGUCCGACCUCUACUCGCUUCUCCUCCUUUUCCAUUCUUGCUACCGUUUUUUAGUCGUUAUCAUUUGUUGUCCUCGCGCUAUGUUACAUUCUCUGUCCGAUUACUCCCUCACGGUGGUUAAGAGUCCCGAUUUCCAUGUACCAUCUCCUCGCUUUUCCCUCAUCUAUCUUUAUCCAUUCAUGCUCUCGUUGCUGACCUUCUGGAAUGUUAUACUUUGAUAAAGUGAGUAGCACUGCUUUACGGACUUGUUUCAUAUACGUUAAAUGACGUCUCGUGCUCGCAGGUUGUGUGUACGAUUCUGGGUAAUGUUAGCUGAAGUUAACUGAUCGUGUUGUCAUCCGUUCGUCUACCUUACCGUGUUUACUGUCUUGAGUUUGGAAUUACUUAGCUUCUUGUAUCCAUACGCAAAUAGAGAAGAUAGAACAUUCUUCCGUACAUCGGUUUUCGUCGUGAAUGACAAGGAGUUUAC